AUGGAACGUCGUAAAUCGUAUACAGCAGCUUUCAAGCUAGACGCCGUCAAUUAUCGUGAUUUGCAUGGAACCUUGGCAGCGGCUAGUCAUUUUGAAGUCACUGAAGCAAUGAUAAGAAAGUGGGUUGUUGAUCGACAAAAUCUUCAAGAGAUGCCAGCAACGAAGAGAGCCCGACGAUACAAAAAACCAAGCGUUGAAGAAGUUGAAGAUGCCAUCUACAACUGGGUUGUCAAAAAACGAGAAGAAAAUAGAGCUGUCACGGUGAAAGAAAUAAGGACCAAAGCAAAGGAAUUAGCAGAAGAGCAUUGUCACCAAAAUUUUAAAGCAUCUGCGCAUUGGUGCAUCCUGUUUAUGGCGCGAAAAAAGCUCUCUGUACGAAGAAGAACAAGUGUCGUUGAAGUAUGGAACAAAAGAGAAAAUCACAAUUCCGACCCUGAUCGCUCUUUGCUGAUAUUUGAUUCUGCUCGUUGCCACGUAACUGAUGAAGUGAAACAAUUUUGUCAACAAUAUGGCAAAAUUGCCGUAAUACCAGGAGGAUUGACCAAAAUAUUGCAACCCUUAGACGUCGGCAUCAACAAACCGUUUAAAGACCACUUGAAAGCUGGCUGGGAAAAAUGGAUGAGAGAUGAAGCUAAAGCAACUUACACAAAAAGUGGAAUAAGGAGAAGGAUGAGCUACGAAGAAGCUGCAUUUUUAGUUAGCGAAAGUUUUCAAUCCAUUUCAUCUGAUGUUAUUCAACAUAGUUUUGAAAAAGCAUUGUGUGAUUUGGAAAAUCUCAAAAACGAUUUUGCCAUGAUGAAUAUAAACGAUGAUGACGAAGUAGAAAUUGGAAAAGUUUAG